CUCCCCUCGUCUCCUCUCGUCUCCUCUCGUCUCGUCUCCUCUGUUCUCCCCACCCCAACGUCGUGCGUGUCGUGACUCUUUUCCUGUCCAAGAACACGCAACAUUGCCUGGCUGCCUGCCUAGGUAUUUAUUGUGCGUCUGUUUAAUUUGCAUCUUGGGUUGGAGCCUUCUUUUGCUAUUUCUUUUAUUUUCUUAUUAUUGCUCUUGUUUUCCUCGCUGAUGGUCUUGGUCUCGAACUAGAAGUUGAUCUCGACUCGGGUCGUCUGUAAGAUGGCAGUGCGCGAAGUGGCUGGGCUGCCGACGCCCACGUCGACGGCGCCGAUCUGGCUCAAGGAGCCGUCGGCGACGCUGCAGGGCCACCGCACGACAGCCGACCUGCCGGCUCUGGCCGACGUGGUGGUGGUGGGCACGGGCAUCACGGGGUCCUUUGCCGCCCGCUUCCUCAAGGCGCACCAGAAGCCCGGCACCAGCCUCGUCGUGCUCGACGCCAGGGAGGCCUGCUGGGGUGCUACGGGCCGCAACGGCGGCCAUUGCCAGCCCCUUCUCUACACGGCAGCCGCCUCGCCCGGCGUCGCCGAGUUCGAGCUCGCCACCUUUGCCUAUCUCGAGAGCCUGGCCAAGACCAACGAUAUCCCCUGCGACUGGACAUCGCUCUCGGGCGUCCACACGUUCCUGGCACAGGACCUGUUCGACCUGGCCGCCGCUGCCGUCAACAACCUCGAGCGCUCCCGCCCCGACCUGGCCGCCCUGGUGCGCAUCGUUCGCCCUCCUUCUGACACCGACGCCGCCGGCACGGGCACGGGCAAGGAAACCCUGGCCUCGCUCCGCAUCCCGCACGCCGCCGGUGCCAUCGUGCAGAAGCAUGCCGCCACCUUAUGGCCCUACAAGCUCGUGGCCUGGGUGCUGGAGCAGCUGCUGGCCCAGUUCCCCCCCGGCGAGUUCAACCUGCAGACCAACACGCCCGUGACAUUCUUGCAGCAGCGCCGACACCAAGACGAGAGCAACUCCUUGCACCCCUGGCUGCUCACCACGCCCCGCGGCACCAUCGCCGCCCGCCAGGUCCUGCUCGCCACAAACGCCUACACGUCGCACCUGCUGCCGGCCUUCGCCGACCUGAUCGUGCCCGUACGCGGCCAGGUCGCCGCCCUGGUGCCGCCGCCAGCAGCAGCCCGCGGGGAGAGCGAUGAUCCCAUAGCGCUCGGCCGCUCGUACGUCAUCAUGGACCACGCGUCGGCCUCGGCUCGCGACGACUACCUAGCACAGCGGCCCGUCGACGUCGACGCAGUUGCCGGGUCAAGUGGAAAGCGAGGCGGCAGCGGCAGCGGCGGCGAGCUCAUCUUUGGCGGCGGGCGGCCGAGCCAGCGCGGCCAGGGCGUCGGCGUGUGGAACGACGACGAGCUCGAGGAGCCCGUCGCGCGCUACCUGCGCACCAACCUGUCGCCGCCGCUGGACCUGACACCUGACGACAACGACGGCGACGAUACGAGAAACCCUUCUCAUCGGCCUAAAGAAGAGGACGGCGUGCCGCUUGACGCCACGUACGAAUGGACAGGCAUCAUGGGCUUCUCGCGCGACCACCACGCGUGGGUCGGCCGCGUGCCCGCGAGCCUCGGCGGCAGCGACGAUGGCGACCAGGGCGGCCUGUGGCUGUGCGCCGGGUACAGCGGGCACGGCAUGCCCGUGGCCGCGCUAGCCGCCCGCGCCGUGGCGGAGCAGAUGACGAUGACGAUGACGACGACGGAGGAGGACGUACGGGCAGUGGAGGAGACGAAACUGCCGGCCGAGAUGGCCCUGACGGCCGACCGCGUGCGCCGCGUCAGGGAGUCCUGUGAGACCGUCCUCGAGGCUGAUCAAAGGGGCUGGGCGGCGCACUUCCCUGAUCUGUUGCUUGCGGCGGGACGGAUGGAUCCUGCGGGCAAGGGCAGCUCGGUGUCGGUGCCGGUGUCGGUGCCGGUGUGAGUUUCUGGGAUGUCCUUUCCUUUCCACUUCUUUGUCUUGGGGUGAUUGACGCGUUGGACUAUGAUUCAAUAUGACGAUCUGAUGUGAUGUGGUGUGGUGCGAUGGAUGUGCUGUGUGUCGUUUGGCAUCGGGGCUGUUUCUGCAUAUAUACACGUCGGUGGGUGGGUAGGUAGGUAGCUGACCAGGUUGCCGGAAACAUAUAUUAUAUAUAUAUAUAUAUAUGUGUGUGUGUGUGUGUGUGUGUAAUGUGUCCGUCUAUAUCUAGUCUGUUCUUGC